AUGGCCACUUAUAUCCAUGAACCACUACCAGACCCCAACCGAUAUAUACGGCUGCUGGAAGUUAUCAAGUUAGACGAUAACGAGGUUGAGGGUCUACGUAUUCAAGUUCAUUGUCGCCUCACAGUCUGGCCUCUACAAGGAUUACCAUCAUACUCGGCCCUCUCGUACACCUGGGGAAAUGAGACAGACACCAGACCUAUCCUGGUUGAUGGAAAAGUCAUGUUAGUUUCCCGCAAUUGCGAAUAUGCCCUAAAGCAAGCAAAGGAGUACUCUAGUCGACGCCAACGAUAUCUAUGGUGCGAUGCCAUCUGCAUCAUCCAGAAGACGGACGGCAUCAACAUCGAGAAAAACCAUCAAGUUCGACUAAUGGGCGAGGUGUACCGGGGCGCGAAGCAAGUCCUUGCUUGCAUUGGAGAG